AUGUUUAAAAAAUAUAAGAAUCAAGAUCUGGACAUGGCCUUCUGGUGGAAAAAAAACCCAAAGACCUCAUCGGAUUAUGUCAAAUUAGUGGAGGAACAAUUAUCAAAAAUUAGCAGCUCUACAACGGCAGAUAGUAAAAGGAAAGUACAAGAGGAAUGUUCGAAAUAUUUGAUGGGCUUGAAACAUUUUAUUAUAGGCGAUACUGAUCCAAAACCAACCCCAGAGGCUCUCGAUGAGCUUUAUUUGGCCAUACUCCGGGCAGACUUGUUUUAUGAUUUGAUAAUACAUUUUAACGACUUAGAGUUCGAAGCAAGAAAAGAAGUUUCUUUGAUCUUUUCGAUAUGUUUAGGAUACUCAAAGGAUAAUAAAUUUGUGACAGUUGAUUAUCUUGUUUCACAACCAAGAACUAUAACGUUAAUGUUACGAAGUAUUGAAUUAGCUUUACAAAAAAAAGGACCAUCACAAGACAUUUUUCUUGUUUUAGGGAAUAUGAUUAUAGAAUGUAUUAAGUACGAACAACUCUGUAGGGUUGUUCUAAAGGAUCAACAAUUAUGGAAGUUUUUUGAGUUAGCUAGAUUACCAAAUUUUGAAAUUAGCACCGAAUCUUUACAAAUAUUAAGCAAUGUUUUUACUACACAUUCUAAUUUAGUAUCGAAGGAAUUCUUUUGCAAUGAAUAUAAUAGAACAAAAUUUAUUCGUUAUAUCAAUAAGCUGAUGGCCUACGGUAGUUACGUUACUAAAAGACAAAGUACAAAAUUAUUAGCAUCAUUAAUUGUUAUAAGAUCAAAUAACCAACUAAUGAACCAAUAUAUUGAAUCAGCUGAUAAUUUAAAAUUAAUUAUGACUUUAAUGACAGAUAAGUCCAAGAAUCUUCAAUUAGAAUCUUUUAACGUAUUUAAAGUAAUCGUUGCCAAUCCAAGGAAAACAAAACCUGUCUUUGAUAUAUUAACUAAGAAUAGAACGAAGCUAUUAAAAUAUUUUGAAACUUUCGGUCUUGAUAACCAAGACACUACUUUCGCAGAUGAAAGAGAUUUUAUUAUUAGACAGAUUGAAGGACUUCCUAGAAUCGUAUCAUCAAACGAAGGUAAUUCGCUCGUUGGAAAUACUGGAGAAUCGUCCAAUAUUUCAACUUCUCCUAUUAGCGAUGCAUCAAACGGGAACCUUAUGGGCCGUAGUAAUCCUGGGAGUAUUUAA